UUGUCAGCUUCACGGAGCUGGCAAGGAGCUUUCUCGCUCAAACGGGGAUAAUAGUGGUUACAGCUUACAGCCUAUGGUUACAACACUAGCGAACUAACGUUAAAAGUUGGAGAACCUAUUUUUAAUGUGACAUUAUAGACAUUCCUUUUGGCGACUUUGACUAAAUGAAAUCACCCAACAGUUAGUCUAAAGGCAUAAUCGCAGAUGACGUGUGAACAUCACGAAAAAAUGCAUUCAGUGCUGCGCAACAUUUUUUAGGAUGAACGAAAUUCUGGAAGAAGACGAGUUCAUUGCUGUUCGAGUCCAAGACCCACGGGUUCAGAAUGAGGGCUUUUGGAAUUCUUAUGUGGACUUUAAGAUAUUUCUACACACCAAUAGCAAGGCCUUCACGGCUAAGACCUCCUGUGUGCGACGUCGCUACAGCGAAUUUGUGUGGCUGAAGAAGAAGCUCCAGAAGAAUUCUGGGCUUGUUCCUGUUCCUGGCCUCCCUGGCAAGACGCUCUUCUUCUCCUUCGGCAAUGAAGACUUCAUCGAGAGGAGGCGGCGAGGCCUGCAGAACUUUCUGGAUAAGGUGGUGCACAUGACUGUUUGCCUCUCGGACAGUCAGCUGCACUUGUUUCUGCAGACGCAGCUUCCUGUGCGCCACAUUGAGGACUGUGUGCAGGGACACACCCCCUACUCUGUAACAGAUGCUAUCCUCACCUAUGCUUCCUCCAAUCGCGGUUGGGCUCAGGAAGAAGAGGGCGUGGUCCAGGAACCAAGCCUUCCUUCAGUUUCAUAUGAAUCCGUGGACAGCCCUGCUCCUCAUCUACCCAGCUUACAAAAUGAGGAAAACUUUGAUAUCAGGGCUAGUGUGGCUGAAACUCACAAGAUGGAUUUCCAAGAGACCUACUCUCAUAAAGCCGGUGGUCACAAUGACAACACCUGUGUGGUUAGGGGAACUGAGGCCAGCAUUGAAGAGGAACACGUUAAUGAGGAGGAUGUCCUGAAGGUUGAUGUCCAUGAGACUAACUCCUGUGUGAUUAGGGGAACUGAGGCCAGCCUUGAAGAGGAACACCUUAAUGAGGAGGAUGUCCUAAAGGUUGAUGUCCAUGAGACUAACUCCUGUAUGAUUAGGGGAACUGAGGCCAGCCUUGAAGAGGAACACCUUAAUGAGGAGGAUGUCCUAAAGGUUGAUGUCCAUGAGACUAACUCCUGUGUGAUUGGGGGAACUGGGGCCAGCCUUGAAGAGGAACACCUUAAUGAGGAUGAUGUCCUAAAGGUUGAUGUCCAUGAGACUAACUCCUGUGUGAUUAUGGGAACUGAGGCCAGCCUUGAAGAGGAACACGUUAAUGAGGAGGUUGUCCUAAAGGUUGAUGUCCACGAGACUAACUUCUGUGUGAUUAGGGGAACUGAGGCCAGCCUUGAAGAGGAACAUGUUAAUGAGGAGGAUGUCCUAAAGGUUGAUGUCCAUGAGACUAACUCCUGUGUGAUUAGGGGAACUGAGGCCAGCCUUGAAGAGGAACACGUUAAUGAGGAGGAUGCCCUAAAUGUUGAUGUCCAUGAGACUAACUCCUGUGUGAUUAGGGGAACCGAGGCCAGCCUUGAAGAGGAACACGUUAAUGAGGAGGAUGUCCUAAAGGUUGAUGUCCACGAGACUAACUUCUGUGUGAUUAGGGGAACUGAGGCCAGCCUUGAAGAGGAACACGUUAAUGAGGAGGAUGCCCUAAAUGUUGAUGUCCAUGAGACUAACUCCUGUGUGAUUAGGGGAACUGAGGCCAGCCUCGAAGAGAAAUGCAUUAAUGAACUAAGUGUCCUAAAGGUUGUUACUCUUGAGUACAAAACUUACGUGACUGGGACAAUGGAGGCAGCCAUUGAGGAGAAGGACCCCUGUAAAGGACAGACCUUCAAAGAAGAUGUCCAGGAGAUCAACAUUUGUAUGACUGGUGCAAUGAAGGGUGCCAUCCAGGAGCAGGAUGGUAGUGAGGAGCCUGUCUGUGAGGCCAGUACCUAUGGUAGCAACUCUGUUCCUGACUUCAGACCUGACCUAAAGGACUCUUUUAUUCUAAAUGUCAGUCCAGCUUCAGCAAUGGUGGGAGCCAUGAAAGAGGAAACUGUCUGUGAGGAAGAUGUCCACCAGGAAGGUGCCCAGGAGGUCAACACCUGUGUGACUGAGGCGAGGAUGGGUACCAUCCAGGAGAAGGACGCGAGUGAGGAGCCUGUCUAUCAGACCCACGCCUAUGAGCAUGAAUCCAAACCUGACGCUCAGGAUUCUGACACUUUUAAGGUCACUCCAGCUGAUGCCCAUGAGGAAAAUGUAAAUGAAGUUGUCUAUGAGAGUAGUGCCCAUGAAGUCAACAUCUGUGUGAUUGAAGGUGCUGAGACCAGCUGCAAAGAGAAGCACACCUAUGAGGAGGAGCUUAGUAAUCAUGAGACCAGCAACUGUGUGAUUGGAGGAAAGGAGAAUCCCAUGAAGGAGAAAACAUGUGAGAAAGUCCACGAUGUAGUUGUCUAUGUGUCUAAUGUCUGUGUAAUUGGGGAAACUGGAGACAGUGCCAAGGAGAUGGACAGCAAUCACACAGGUGUCUAUGAGGUAGCUGCCAAUGAGAGCAACAUCUCUAUGAAUAGGGCCAUGGAGAUCACUGUCGAGGAGGACACCAAUGAGAUUGCCUAUGAGACCAGUGCCUCCAGGGCCAACUACCAUGAGAGUGAAUCCAAUUCUGACUCCAAAUCUGAUGCUGAGGACAUUGACACCAUUGUCGCUCCUUCUGACACCCAUGGGGUAGACACCAGUGAAGAUGUCCAUAUGACAGAUGCUUACAUUGCCAGCACUGGGACAACAGACGCUGACGUCUGUGAGCAUGACUGCAUAGUGUUAGGCGACAGUGAUGAUAUCCAGGAGAAGCCUUCCUAUGACACCAAGGAAGAUGAUGAUGCCAAAUAUUCCAUCACUUCUGUGAUUGGGGCCAGUAAAGUGGAGGAGGGUGAAGCCAACAUUUCUGACAUGCACAUCAACAACAUGUUUGGGGCCAGUGAGGCUGGUGUCCAUGAGAGCAUACAAGAUCCUGACAGCAAGGCCAUUGUGCCAGAAACUUUUGUAUUUCGGCUGGGUGAAACCAUCAUCCACAAGCUAGAUGACUGCAAAGCUGAUGUUCCUGAGACGGACAACCAGGAGCUUGGGGCCCACGAGAUGGACAACCACACUGACUUUAAUGGCCAACCAGAGAACUGCCUCUAACUGCUGAUCAGGCAGCUUGAUGUAAGAUUUCUUUAUGUACUGAAAGAUCCAAGAACAGUAGCUGAAUUCCAGUUGGGCAAUGUAAUGCCAUGACUGAACACUGAAGUACUCUCUCUACUUCUCACCACUGAGGUGGAGAGCAGUGGUGUCCCUUGCAGCAUACAGGGAUAUUCUCUAACCUGGCCAGCUUUACCAUUGGACUUGAUAACUGUUUUUUUAUGGCUGUCAUUAUAGCUGAGCUCAGUCUUUGUCAUGAGGCACCUGUACCCAUUACUCAAGCCAUUACUCGGAUGAGUAGCAUUGGGAGUCGCUUCAAAGGGAAACCCAUUCUUCCAUUGACCCAGUGCUGUUCAUACUCAGGCUCUGCCUUUACCAUUCAAUACAUCACACACUCAAUUUCCUGGAUUUUUAUAAGGAAGGCAAAUUAACAUCAUCGAUUUUUAUUGUGUCAAACUCAUUCCCCAGAUACUUAAGAAGUGCCAUUGUUGUGGCAGUGUAAAUGCAUGUGAUGUCAUUCGUCCAUCGAGAUGGGUGACCCAGUGCUUUGAGUGCGUGUUAGCUGGGGAAAUCAGCUGUGGGGACCAGUGGUGUACUUCUUGAAUGUUUGGUGUUCUUUGAGCCUGCAGUGUGACAUUUUGGCUCAAAUGUACAAAGGGAAUCAAAGUCUGUAGCUUCUGUAGCUUGCAGAGCAAGCUGUCUUAAAAAGGGUCCCAGUUUUAAUGCAUGGCUCUGGUUUGUACUUUCCAUACUUGACUGAUGAACUCUCAGGAUCAUUUUGAGGGAUCUCUGUAGGAUUACCAAUGUGCUCUAGAUAACAGUUCAUUUGAGAAGUGUCUCCUUGCGGAAAACAUUAUAAAUAUCAGUCAGUAGUCUAGUAUGUAUGAAGUUUGUGUUAAGGUCUUUGCGUGCCUCUAGAACCAUCUUUGUCUUUGACUGCACACACAGCCCAUGCAUUCUGUGGCUUUUGUUUGUCAUAAUCAUAUUGUAGGUUUUUACAUUUUAAUGGUGGCUUUAUUUAGGUCUGUGACCGAUUGGAUAUUUGAUGUUUUCAGGUGAGUGAUUGGAUAUAAGCACCAUUUGGAAAGUGCUUUACAAGGCCUGGACCUUUAUAAAAUAAUUCUGUAUACUAAAUAAGUAUAGAUUUUAUUCACUUUAACCACAGGAACGAGGAGGUUAACAUAAGAACAUGAGACGUAAGAACAUAAGAGCUCGGUUUUUGUGUGUGCAUGUACCUGAGUGUUUGUGUGAGAGUGUGAGGGUGAGGUUCAUACCAUUUUGACACAGUAUGUAAACAUUUCUAGCAGUCUUUCUGGAGGGGAAGGACUCAAACUUUAGCAUGCAUUCCUUCUGUGCCCCAGUGCUGGCCACAACAGAGAGUGGGAUGAACCCCAGUGGUUUCCAUGGUAACAUAUGCACUCCCUCAGGCUUAUCCCUCCAGACUGCUGUGGGGGUGUGGUCCGUGGAAGGUCCUAGCACUCUCACUGUUUUACUGUGGCACUGUAGCAGUUGAGCUUCGCUGUAAUGCUCUUCAGUAUUGUGAGAAUGUUAUGAUAUCCCUCCAAUCUCUGCAUGGCCUGCUAGGUGGAGCGAUUCUGUGCUAAUUGCUGCCUUUAAAAAAAUAGUACAUAUAUUUUGUUGAAAAAUGGUCUUAUUGACAAUGAGAAACUACUGAUGUAACACAAUCCAUGGCCAGGCCCAGAAAAAAUGGUGUUUAGUUCAGCUAUACUGUUCUCAAAUAUAACUACAUAUGUGAAAAUCUGUAUUCUGUCAGUACACACAUCUGUACAUGUGCUAUUCCUGAGCGAACUGUUUAUACACCAUGCACUAAAUUUAGUCUGUUUUUCAAAUUCUGAUUGAGUUGAAAUUUCUCUCUGAGCCAGCCAAAUAGUGAGAGUGAUUGGUGUGUUGAUCAAUCAAUCUUCUGCAGUGCACAUGUGUGCACAUGAAUGAUUAUGUUACAUUUUAGGCAGUAACAGUGCAGGUUUCACUGUGACUCUGUUUGGUGUUUUUGCCAGUCAUGACACUAACACAUUCUAAACUAAAGGAUGGGAUGUUAAAGCAUGCUUACCUUGUUUCCCAUUUUAUUCAGUUUACAUGCGUUCUGUUGUGUGUUCUUUUGUAUGUAUUUUGGCUUUCGAAUGACUUGUUUUUAAACACACAUUAAAUUAUUUAAUUUGACCGAUUGUGUAAAGCUACUAAUAGGUGAAAGUGUGGAUAUUGUUUUUAAAUCAUUUAUUUUAACAAUCUGUGUGCAAAGGCAACAUUCAUCAUGCUUCCAUUGUUCAUAGUUUUAUUGUAUGGGGUUUUUCAUUUUUGCUUGUAGUCUGUCAACUGUAAUAUUCAGUGAGGUCAUGCCACAUGCAACACAUGCAUUUGUCAACAUUACUUUAAAACCUGAGAUGCACUUUAUCAUGGGAAAUAAAAUGUUUUUAAACCCCACUUGGCGUGUGUCUGUUGUUGGGCUGUGCGUGAGGGACUGAGCGUUGUGUCCUUGGGGACGUCGAGCUGUGGGGUCAGGGGGGAUGACUGGUGGUCCUGUGUUUCUUCUUGUCACCCAUCGUGGGAUAAUGCAUGGUGCCCGUUUAAUAUGGCGGUUUUACCGCGUAGAGAAUUGCGAAACAAAUCUCCCGGCGGGGUGAGACAUGUAAUGCAUUCUAGCCUGGGGACUGGAAUCUUGUUUCCCAUUCUCAGAUGAAAGAGGGAGAGGGGGAAAAAACAAACAAAACGUUCGGCUUCAUUAGAGGCUUCCGGUCUUCAUUUUUCACUGCUGAUUGUAGUAAAUGACCUAACAUGCCAUGCAAAACAUAGGUGACUUUGAGUAAGAAAAGCAACUUCACCAUACAAAGUGACCUCCCAGUUAUUUUACACUUUAUCUUCCGUAACAAGUGAUCUAUUGUUGCAAGCUGUCAGACAGGGAUAAUUAUGCUGACUGACCUGUUUACGCAAAUCCAUGAAAAUAUUUUUUAAAAACAUGCUAUAAAUUAUGUGCAGCAAAAGAAUGUAAAGAGUUAUUAUUUUGCUAAAAGUAUGCUUGGAUGUAUUCUGAACAGCUCUUGGGAGGCUUAUUUGGUUAAGACACCGCUUUGGUGUGGAUGAUCCCUUGGUUUUAGAUUGAAUCUGGACCAUGCCAUUACUGACUGGCUGGUAGCUCUGUGGGGGAAACGUGCAACGGAGGGAUUUUUGACCAUUUCUCCAGGCUGCAUUUCUCUAGUUCCUAGACAUCUUGGCUUGCUCAAGUGCCACCUUGAACCAGGAAAGUUGUAUUAAUUUGCAGUCUGUAUAAAAUGCCCAGUUCAAAUGAUCAAUAAUGGGAUGGAAUGCCAAUUUUGACUCUUAAGUUGGAGGUUCAGUGGUAACUGAAUCCAAGUAUUUUAGCCAUAAUUUCCUAACAUACUAUGGAUCCCUGUUUCCUUCAGUUCUAAUGAGGAUUUUAGGAGCAGAAAAUAAAAUAGAAGAGGUCCACCUCUAUUUCACGACACUUUUCUUCACAAGAGCCUUACAUUUUUGGUGCCAACAUAUCACCACAAGCAUGUCUGGAAAGCUAAAAUUUGUCACAAAAGGACACAAUCUACAAAAUGUGGUUUGAACAGUUGGUGAGAGUCAAUCCAAAAACGACUGGCAUUACAAACAUUUACCAAACCUGUUCCACAAACACCAAUUGCAUCUGACUGAGUUUUUGAGCCAUAUUGGGCAUUUAAGAUGGCGCUUCGAUUAGCCAGCUGGGAACUCCCCUUGAGACCAGAGGACGUCCCAGUAAAAGUGCUUCAGCUUCAGCCAAUUUAGUGGGACAUCAUAAUGUUUUUAAAAACAUGAAAUUAUUUGUAGUUGGCCCUUCAGAAUAGUUAUUUGUUGGUCUGAGUGAUGCUAAAAGGAUAAAAUUGUACUUCGUCAGGAAAAACAACAUGUGCCUCUUUUUUGUUACUGUUUUCAAGGGUAUAAUUAUAUUUUGAUGCCAUUGUAUAUUAUGUAUGCUGUUAUGUAUAAUAAUUAUAACAAACUGCAGGGUGUUGGGUGUUGCUCAGGGAGGGGAAUACAUGUGAAGCUAUAUGGAUAACAGAAAGGGCUGCGUUUGAGGGAGUGGUGUGAAAGAUCACUGCAUGUGUAAAUGCAGCAGCAUUCAUAUCGGACUCACAUCCGGAGCUGGCUGUUUGUUAGCCUCAGUACAUCUCUCUAAUACCCUGCAGUCUGUGUGCUCUGGGUUGGUCGCUGUCAUCGAGAUAUUAAAGAAGCUGAAAAGAACAAAAUCAAAAACACUCUGUCAUGUUUACAGCACUGAGUGCAUAGUGUCCUGGUUUUUUUUUUAAUAUAAGGAAAAGCAAACUCAUCAAGAGAAAAACACGUUUAUCAAAUGCCAUAUUUCAAAUAUGUGAAAAUAUAUAAGCCGGAUUAUUAAACUGUCCACUUGCUCUGUUUCUGUAAGGUUGCAAAUCUAUGUGCUUGGACUAAGAAACAGCUUAAAGGCCUAUGUGGUGGAAGCACAAGGUUACUAACCAGCACAGGGGAAACAUUUUACUUUUCCUGAGCUUCAGUGGUGGUGGUGUGUGCUGGCUCAAUGUAACUGACUUCAAAAAUAAAUUCAGUGCUGCAAACUUACACGUAAUUGUUUUUCAUUAUUAGUGUUUUUUCCACUUGGGGCUAUCUAAACCGCUCAAUUACAAUUACUUUAUAUUGAGGAGAUUUGAAAAUAAAUCA